UUAUAGAACACGGAAUAUUCGAGAUAUACUCACAACCAGCUGCCAUGAUUCCUUUAUCAUCGGAUCUACUUACGCUACAAAACCAUACAUGCCUUAUUACGGACAUCUCAUUAUAAAUGCAACGUACAGAGCACCUAAUGAUAUUAGGAACGAGAGUCGCAUUAUUUUCGCAAACAGAGAUAACAGGCAGACAAAGAUAGAAAAGUUAACUAAUUCUGAUCAUAUGGUAUUCACCAACAAGGGCACUUUCUUUGUCAGCGAGGCUUUAGGUGGUGUUCUAAGAAUGAGAAACGGACGUGUGGCGUGUAAAGUUAUGUGGGACGAACAUCAGGAACCGAUGCCACUAUUUUAUGAUUUUAUUGAACGGCAAUGUCUCGAGAUAGAUCUGGAGUCAGAUAUGGUAGCCGUUGGCACAAUACUUAACGAUAAGCCAGAACUAUUGCCUCAGGAACAGCGUUAUGGUCUUGUAAGUUAUUUGUCCCGGUUAUGCGGAUACUAA